AUGUAUCAUCAUAAAAGAUUCAAUUCCCACACUUCCACACUAACCCCCAGCUCUCAGCUUGAAAUUUCAGACGCCGAAAGGCCAGACUCAGACAGGCACCAACUCGAUGACUCCACUGCGAUAAAUCGAGACGAAAAUGUCAAUAGCCUUAGCUUUGAAUUUGGCUCUGAAGACUUAGGACUGUCCUUAAAAAGCAUUUUUCCAGCGACCUGCCAUUUAACUGCGAGUGGCAAGAAAAAACAUAGGAGGGUCCUAUCUCACCCAGUAGGGCUUUUUCCAACCAAUUUAUUUAACUGCAAAAAAUCGAUCUCAAAAAAAACCAAGCUGCAUAUAGAAAACUUAAUGCUGCCAGCUGACUGUGAUUCCAAACAGAUAAUUAUUUCAGAAAUCGACGAUUUAGAAUAUACAGAAUUUAACGCCAGCAAGCUGAAAACAGAUAUCAUUACUUCGGAGAUGACUACUAAAAACCCGAAAGAAAGCACGAUGGAUCGAAAAAAUGAAGAAAAAAGCCCAGAAGGGCUGCCUGUGGUGGGAUUUUUGCCAUGCACUCUUUUUUGCAAUAAAUGCCAGUUAGAUGUGCAUACUACGGUAGAAAUUCAAAAUAGGACGGCGUUCCCUAUAUCGAUUUUAGAAGCCCUGAGCUCGCUGGUAGAGUGCUGCAGAGGGGCUAUGUGGAUAAACCAAAUGAGAUACCACAGAUGUUCGAAUUGUAAUUCAAUAUUAGCAAGAAGCACUUACUCCUAAUCCUUUUCGAACAAGAAAAUUUUUUCAAAAAUUUACAUUAAAUUUUUUGAUUUAAUCCAGAUUCGCAAUGUUAAUAUAAAAAUUUAUAAAAUUCAUUUUAUACUGCGAGCUGUCUAAAAAAUUAAAAAUAUUAGCCCAGAUUUUAUAAUGGUAAAAAAAUACUUAUUUGCUUGAGAAAAAAUUUUGACUGCCUCUUAGAAUGAGGAAGUAAUUUAACGUAAUUCUCUAAUUUAUUUGCUUACUUAUUAUAUCAAUGUUUUUACUUACUCAGAGAAGAGAGUUAG